ACAACCAUGCAGAUGUUCGUAUUCGCCCUUUUGGUGGCCGCUGCUGCGGCCGCUCCGCAGUUCAGUGAUUUCAACCAGGACUUCAACAGCCAACAGUUUGUCAGCAGUGGCCAGCCGGAAGUGCGGAUCCUUAGUCAGAAGUCCGAUCAAGAUCAAGUUGGGAACUACGAGUACAGCUACGAACAGGACAACGGACAGCGGAUGCAAGAGGUGGGACGAGUGCAGCCAGGACCCGAGCCAGAGACCGGUAGUAUCUCCAUGGAGGGCAGCUACGAGUUUGUCGGCAACGACGGCAACACGUACCAGGUCAGCUACGUGGCCAACGAGAACGGCUUCCAGCCUCAGGGCGCCCACCUGCCGCAGGCUCCAGCUCAGAUCCCCGAGUACGAGCAGCUGAGGCGGGACUACCCGCAGCUGUUCUGGGCCGAGAACGGAGGAGCCGGCAUUAUUGUCAACGACCAGCAGCAGUUCAACCAGCAACAGUUCGACCAGCAGCAGGGGCAACAGUUCUUCUUUAAUUGAUUUACCUGGCAAAUUCAACAGAAGACCAGAAGAAUGUCAAGCAAGCGCACUAUUGACCUGAACGGCAU